AACCGCCAUCUUGACAGACACGUAAUCGAAGGAGGCAGGGAGUAACGGGAGCUGGAGUCAGUGUGAAAAUUAAAUUAAACGCAGGAAAACGCGGCCGAGCGGAAAAAUACGACGUCUUAAAAAGCUUAGAUCUGCGUCCACGUCUGGACUGGACUCUGGUCGAGUGCAGAAAGGGCAGAAGGAUCUCAAAGACGGGGAUGAAGCUGAUCUCCACUACCCCUCUGGACCUCCUGAUUUAGCUCAAACAAUUGCAACUCCUCUGGAAAGCUAACUAUAAACCAGAUAUAUUGGCAGAACAUUAAUACUAAUCUCCUCUGAGAAAACCAUGGCCAACGUGUGUCCUUACGGCCGCUUCACCCACGCCGUGGUGAGGGGCAUCCCGGAGACCUUUGGGAAGUCCGUGGGAGACGGUCACGAGAACGGGCAGGUCUCAGUGGAGCUGGCCAAAGCUCAGCGUCAGUACGGUUGUCUGACCGGAGCCCUGAGGCAGAAGGUGGGCCUGCAGCUCAUCGAGAUCCCCCCCGACCCCGAGCUGCCGGAGAGCUGGAGGAUAGAGGACGUGGCGGUGAUCCAGGGAGACACGGCGCUCAUCACCAGGCCCUUCAAACAGCAGAGACGCAGCGAGGCAGAGGCAGUGAGGAGAGUGAUGUCAGAGCUGAACGUGACUGUGAAGGAGAUGGGAACAGAGGAGGGAGACCGUGGAGGCGCCACACUGGAGGGCAGCGACGUUCUCUUCACGGGGAGGGAGUUCUUCGUCGGCAUCUCCUCCCACACCAACCGCAGAGGAGCCGAGGUGCUGGCAGACACUUUCAUUGACUUUGCCGUGUCCACCGUCCCCGUCUGUGGUGGAGCUCGACUGAAAAACAUCUGCUCCAUGGGAGGUCCUGACACCAUCAUCAUCAGCAACACUGAAGGGGCCAAGAAGACUCUCCGGAUGAUGGAACAGCUGACCGAUCACCACUAUGAAAUCCUGACUGUCCCAGAGGAGGCGGCCGCAAACUGCGUCUACAUCAAAGGUCCAUCCAAACACGACUUCCUGCUCCACCGGCCUGCAGAGGAGAGUCCUGAGAGCGUUUCUGUUUUCCAGAAGCUGCAGGACUACACCCUCCUGCCGACAGCCUGCAGCGAGGCGUCCAAACUGGGAGCAUCCCUGUCCUCGCUCUGCCUGCUCGUCAACAGAAAGCACACGUACUUCUGAAAACAUCUCGUUGACUCUGUGUCAGUUGCGGGCUGAAGGAAACUCUGACACUUUCCACUCAUUAAAAUUCUUUGUCUAUUUAUUGUUAAAGGAAACACUGACAUGCAGUAUUUGAAUGAGGGAGAAUGAUCCAUCUGUUAAGACUUUCAUUGUAGUUAAGGAGCUUUUAGGCUCCCCCUGCUGGACAAACAGUGUAGCACAUUUAACUCUGAACCACUCAACUCAGCUGUUCUUUCUUAUGGUUGAACUCCCAUUUGACACUGAUGGACUUGUAAAGAAAAGCUCUUUUUAUACCUUUCAUUACUUUACAAGGAAUGAACCUGAAUGUUUUGAGCUUGUUAAUCCUGUGGUACUUAAAUCUUCAACCUGUAGAUUCAUACAAUUUAUCACUUUAAUGUAACAGGUUGGUAAAUCACUUAAUUAUCCAUGUUUUGUUCACGAUGUAGCUGCUAAAUACAGAAAUGCAGAUGCAAUUGAUUAAAAGCUUUUUCUAUGUAUGAAGUUGUAGCAAGUGUAGAGAUGGCAAUAAAAUUCCACUGACAGCUUGUA